AUGUACAAGGCAUAUCUGCUUCUGCUGUCAGCUGCGUUGGCAGCAGCACUGCCCGGUAGCUGCAGUCGCGUCGGUAGCUCCAAGUCUGCAGAUCUGCCCCAAACUGGUGAGGGCAAAAACCUCCCUCAGCCUCCCCGAGGCUCCAGGCUCCUCCACAUCGCCCUGGGCAUCGGCGUUCAGAACUACACGUGCGCCAGCGUUGGCGCCAGCGCGGUGGCUACUGGCGCUCUCGCGAUGCUCUACGACAUCACCAACCUGUUCCCCGGGCAAGGCAAUGCCUCCCUGUCUCAAGAAGAUUGGGACAGCCUCACGUCUCGCGCUCUGAGAUCACAAAAUGUUCCUUUGAACUUUGACACCUCCUUAGGGGGACGUGUCAAGCCUGAUUCGCCCGGGGCAUCUCGAACCGACCCCUUCCCCAACGACGGCCCUCUCUCCCUCGAGUGCCCGGAUGACGCACUGCCCUUCCUGGGGCACCACUUUUUCAACAGCGCCGGCGUGCCCGUGUUCUCACUGAGCGGUGGCGAGGUCAACUUGCUUGCUGAGAAGCUUGCGAGCGUGGAUGCUCCCGCCACUGCGGACAGGGGACCAGACGGCACCGGCGCGGUGGCAUGGCUCCAGCUCGGCGCCAUAGAGGGCACUGUCGGCGAUGUCAAGCUCGUCUACCGCGUCUUGACGGCCGGAGGAAACAGCCACGGCUGUCAAAAUGCCGCUGGUGAGGACAGCACCAAGUACGCUGCCCAGUACUGGUUCUUUGCAUAG